AGGGACUCAGUUCGGACGUGUCAUGAGAACAGACAACUGAAAGGACACUAUUGAUACACCCUACAGGUCUCUCUUCGGUUAUUGCCACACAAGGAUAAAUCAAGGAUAAAUCUGCCGUGAUAAAAAGUUUGACUUAAGUCGUUUAAAUCAUUCUCGGUGCCGUGUUGGAUCUGGGUACCUGCUCAUGUGAGUUGUUCUCCAGCUAUGGAACCCUGGCCUCUCAUGGCCUGGGGCCUGAUGCUGACCGCCAUCAUCAGAGCGGUUCAAUCGAGGGACUUCACAGAAAAAGACAUUGUUUUUCUCCAUCCCUCAACAACUCCAUAUCCAGGAGGAUUUAAAUGUUUUACAUGUGAAAAUGCACCUGACAACUAUGAAUGCAACCGCUGGGCUCCAGAUCUCUACUGUCCACGAGAGAGCAGAUAUUGCUACACACAACAUAAGAUGAGCUGGGAUGGAAACACAGUGUCGGUGACGAAGCGUUGUGUGGCGCUGGAAGACUGUCUUGUAACUGGGUGCUCUGAGGUGGAUCAUGAAGGAAACAAGGUUUGUAUAUCCUGUUGUGAGGGGAACAUCUGUAACAUGCCCCUCCCGCGAAACGAAACUGACGCCAUCUUUGCCACCUCAUCUCCCAUUAAUGAGAGCGUUCAGCCAGCACAGAGUCCCACGCUGAUGCUUUCUGUCUGUAUCAUCAUCCUGAUGCUCCACAGUAUUAACUGAGAGAAUGGCCCGGAGUGGAAGAAACCUUCAUGGCAGUUAUUUAGGAAACUGUUGACUUGUGCCCGUCAGCUGUGGGCUUUACUUUCCUCAAAAUGAAGUGUUUUUAUUUUCUCUGAAUACAUUUUUAUGUAUCAUAUACUAAUGUAUGAUAUGAAAAAAAAAAAUAUUGGUUGGUUUCCCUGAAGCUGAGUGGACUUGGGACGUGGAUAUUUAUGGCAAAACUGAAACAAACCUGCACUUUUUUAUUUUAUUUUAUUUUUUAAUUGUAUUAAAUGUUAGUUGUGUUUUUUUUAUACAUUUCUAUAGAUAUAUUUAUUUUUUUAUCAUUCAUUUUUGUAGGAAGAUGAACUAUGUUGUUGGCUGUUGGUAUGAACCUAACUUGAAUUUUUCCACCCACCCCUCUCACCACUGUUAGAGUAUUUUUGUCAUUGAAAAGCGUUUGGCACCUAUAGAACCAAGUUCAGUGUGUCAUCCAGCAUUCCGCACUCCUAUAAAAAGAAAAUUCUCUUCUAGUUUUGCACUGUGUAUUUGUGUCAUAAUAAUGCAACAUGUAUUCCUAAAGCGCUUGUGUACAGAUUAUCAUGUUAAACGUCCAUAUAGCUUAGAGUGAAGGGCUAUAAAUAUAUACAUUCCUAUACAUUUGUCAGUCUGUUGUUGUGUACUGUAAUAUUUCAUAAUCAUGAUUCAUGGCUGACUUUGCAGUCGGCAAAAUGUGUUGGGUCUGCGGUAACAGUGUUAUAUUUUUCAGGCGUUAUGAUUGGUUUAGGGGAUCUGCCCAGCUGUAAAUGAAGUUAUUUCCUGUUUCUUCUCCAUCUUUUGUUGAGUUAUGAAAAGUAUUGUAACAUUCACUGAAAUAAUUUUGUACACUUCAGUACAAUAUAAAGGGCAUGGUGAUCACAGAAGGGCUAAAAACCUUUACUCAGGAAAUUAAGGACCAGUUAGUGCCAGACAGUUUAGUAAUACACAAAACACCUUUACCCUCAGUAGUAAACAAUAAGAGGACAUAUGCAUUAAACAUGUCUCUGAAUGUGCUAAUGUAAAAUCAGCUCUCGUCAUCUCAGAUUUAUAACAUUAUGUACAUAAAAAUGUUUUUUUAAAUCAGUUUUUACUCUCAUUUAAACUAUAAUAAGAAGUGGAUAUUUGUAAUAGGGUUGCAUGGUCUUUUUUAUACUCACAAAAUUGUGAAUGCUGCAUGCCAUCGUGUCCCAAGGCUUCUUAUAAAUGUAGAUUUUUUUUCUAUGCUUGUUUGUAAAGUCCCUGUAUAUUCUUUUGUACAUGAUUUUGGAUAUAUUUUUAAAUCUCACCUCUGCAGUACAUUGGUAACACUUCUGUGUAUUAAACAAAUGUUUACUGA